AUGGCUCUGCCGGUCUGGCCCUACAUUGCUGAGCAAGUCAUGUCGACUAUGAGGGAACCUUUCGCUCCGUUGCUCAGCAAACUGUCGGUGGUGGCAGAAGGUAAAGCUUCUGCUCCCAAUGAAGACAUCAAACGCUGCAUCAAAGACUGCACCAAAGACUGCAUCAACGAAGCCAAAACCGCGCUACAAUUCACCAAGAAAUGGGAGGAAAGUUUAAUUGGUAGCUUUGAUGAAUUAACUAGAACUGUCGACGAAUUGCUUGGUGAUGACAAAAUCAUCACAAAACCGCCAUCAGAUUUUCUUAGCAGUAAAAAUGGUGAAAUGCUUAUUGCAAUCACCAUGAGAGUGCGAGCAAUGGCUUCAAAAGUGUCCCACGACUCAUCUGCCACAACAUCUAGCCCUUCUUCACCAUCAAAAGAUAAGUUGAAGGAGUCAGCAGCGCACGAGGAAGAGCUCCAGCGCAAGGCGGAUAAAAUCACCGCACCGGAUCUGGGCAGGCCAUUACUCCAGGGGAGCUAUGAUGAUCUUGAACCUCAACUAAAAGAAUGCCUGCUUUGUUUCUCAGCCUUCCCUGAAAACAUAGUCAUCAAGAGGCGGAUCAUGAUCUACUGGUGGAUCGGUGAAGGACUAGUGACCCCAAUGACAGAUGGCCGAACAGCGGAGGAAGUCGGAGAAGACUGCUUUAAGAUGCUGAUUUCAAGUGGUCUGAUCGAACCCAUCUACCAAAAACAUAGCAAAAUUGCCAAGUACUGCAAAAUCCACCCUUGGGCUCGGCAGAUGCUGGUUUCCAAAGCCAAGGAAUCUAAAUUCUUUAAAUUUGACCCACAAGACCGCCCGACCUUCAACACCAACCAAAGCCAAGGAAUCUAA